UAUGCUUGUUCCGUAUGGGAAAAACAUAGACAUUUUUUUUGAAGAAAUUUUCGAAAGUAAAAGAAUCUUGAAGAGAUUUUUGUGCAAUAAAAUACAAUUUAUUUUUCUCAAUCGGUGACUUUAUUUUCUUUUGUAAAUCAUUUUAUUUGGAAAUAGACGAGGAAUUUUAUUGUAUCGGUUAAACAAUUUCAUAGAAAUUGUUGCUGAAAGAAUACUCGUUUAGUUGGGUAAAAAAUAAUUGCACUUCAAAGUGUAGGUAUGCUAGGUGGCUCUACAAUGAGUGCGGCAAAUGCAUUACAAAAUUUGAGCGGCGCUUCAUCAUCAAGCGGAAUGGCUGUGUCUUCAUCAUACAAUAGCGAUCGAUCAUCGGUUCAAACCGGACUGGAUGUUGAAUACGCAAACGAUGCUGCGUCCGGAGGUUUUUUCAAUAGUGAUUUUAAAAAACAUGAUGACUUGCGGAAUAUGUUGGAUAGUAAUAAGGAUAACUUGAAAUUAGAAGCGAUGAAACGAAUUAUUGGCAUGGUAGCAAAGGGGCGUGAUGCAUCCGACCUAUUUCCAGCUGUCGUUAAAAACGUCGUAUCUAAAAACAUUGAAAUCAAAAAAUUGGUCUAUGUAUAUUUGGUGCGUUACGCUGAAGAGCAACAAGAUCUUGCAUUAUUGUCGAUUUCGACAUUUCAACGUGCAUUGAAAGAUCCAAAUCAAUUGAUUCGAGCAAGUGCACUUCGUGUCUUAUCGAGUAUUCGUGUGCAUUGUAUUGUUCCUAUUGUCAUGUUGGCGAUUAAAGAUUCUUCGGCCGAUAUGAGCCCAUAUGUUCGAAAAACUGCGGCGCACGCCAUUCCAAAACUGUAUAGCUUGGAUGCAGAACAAAAAGAAGAAUUGAUUAAAAUCAUUGAAAAGCUUUUAUCCGAUAAAACUACGCUAGUUGUUGGUUCAGCCGUAAUGGCAUUUGAGGAAGUGUGCCCCGAACGCGUCGAUUUGAUUCAUAAAAAUUAUCGAAAAUUGUGCAAUUUAUUGGUGGACGUUGAUGAAUGGGGACAAGUGAUAAUUAUAAAUAUGUUGACACGUUAUGCGCGUACCCAAUUCACCGAUCCGAAUGCAGAUGAUGAUGAUGGCAAUGAAAAUGGUGAUGGCGGUAAGGACGAAAAACCAUUUUAUGAAGACUCUUCCGCUUCGGAAAAUGAAUCUGAAUCAAAAAUUCAUUUAAAUCGAAAUGAUAAAACCUACAUUCUUGAUCCGGAUCAUCGUCUGCUAUUAAGACAAACAAAACCACUUUUGCAAAGUCGAAAUGCAUCGGUGGUGAUGAUUGUUGCUCAACUUUAUCAUCACAUUGCGCCCAGAAAUGAAGUGAACAUUGUGUCAAAGGCAUUGAUACGUUUGCUACGCAGUCACAAAGAGGUGCAAAGUGUUGUCCUCACAAACAUUGCAUCAAUGUCAACGCAACGAAAGUCAAUUUUUGAGCCCUACCUCAAAUCGUUUUUUGUACGAACCAGUGAUCCGACCCAUAUUAAAUUGCUUAAAUUAGAGAUUCUAACGAGUCUGGCAACGGCCGCAACGAUUUCAGUGAUUUUACGAGAAUUUCAAACGUACAUCAGUAGCAAUGACAAAAAGUUUGUCGCCGCAACAAUUCAGGCCAUUGGACGGUGUGCCGCAUCAAUUACCGAAGUGACGGAAACAUGCUUGAGCGGAUUGGUGCAUUUGCUAUCAAAUCGAGAUGAAUAUGUUGUGGCUGAAAGUGUUGUUGUGAUCAAAAAUCUUCUACAAACAAAAGCAGCCGAUCAUUUUGAAAUCAUAUCGCAAAUGGCGAAAUUGAUUGAUUUCAUCACAGUGGCUGCGGCUCGAGCAUCUAUUCUCUGGUUGAUUGGUGAAUAUUGCGAAAAAGUGCCCAAAAUUGCACCGGAUGUCUUGAGAAAGAUGGCCAAAUCUUUUGCUGAUGAGGAAAAUAUAGUAAAACUACAAGUUCUAAAUCUGGCUGUAAAACUCUACUUAACCAAUCCGGAGCAAACAGAAAUGUUAUGUCGGUAUUUAUUCAAUUUGGCACGAUAUGACGAAAACUAUGAUGUCAGAGACCGUGUCAGAUUUUUAAAACCAUUUAUAUUCCCAGCGAAUGGAGAAACGGUGCUGUCAAAGCAGGCAAAACGUGUAUUUUUAUCUGCUAAGCCAGCACCGUUGCUUAUAAGCCAGUACUCUCGUGAGCAAUUCCAAUUGGGAUCGUUGGCACAUUAUUUGAACGCUAGAACAAUUGGUUAUCAUGAUUUGCCACCGUUCCCAAAAACGGCGCCCGACUCAAGUGUUAGAGGGGUUGAAAUUGUCGUGCACGAUGAUAGCAAUAAUUUUGAUGCAAACGAAAGCCAACAUUGGGAAAACCGAAGUGCCAAAGGAACGAAUAAAUCAAAUAAAAAAGAUAAAUCAUUCUAUACGGAUAGCGAAAAUGAAAAUGAAUCGUCUAAAGGACGACGUUCCGACGACGAUUCAAGCUCUGACGAGAAUUCGGAUGAAAAGUCAAGCUCAGCCAAUUCGGAGAACGAUGAAAGUGAUGACGAAUCGAAAAGUAGUGGCAGUGGCAGUGAAAGUGAUGGUUCAGAUGAUGGAUCAGAUGAAAGCUCGAGCGAAGAAAGCAGCAGUGAUGAUACAGAUUCGUCUGAAAGUGAUGAAGAUUCCGAAUCAAGUGAUGAAAAAAACAAGGUCAAAGUGAAGCCAAAAGAAAACUCAAAGGCAACAACCGCACCACCACCAAAAGCGGAACGAAGCAAUUUGGAUUUGUUGUUAGAUUUGGGUGACAUUGCUCCCACCGCACCGAUAAUGACACCAUCAUUGGGUGGAUUUUUGUCUCCAAUGUCAUCGUCAAGCAUUGGUGUAAACCUCCCAAUGAGUACAUCAAGUCGUUUUGAAUUGGUCGGUCCCGUUCAUGUUUCAUUGGAUAAACGUGAACUUUUGAACAAAAUCAAUAGUCAUGGCCUACAAAUAAACUAUCGUUUUACUCGUGCUCCGCAUUUGUUUUCAGCCAAAAUGGUUUCAAUUGAACUUACAUUCCACAAUGAAUCGAACAAUGAGUUGGAAAAUAUACAUAUAUCGAAUAAAUCGUCACUGCCAGCCAAUAUAACAAUUUGUGAUUUUGUGACCAUUGCCAAAUUGAGCCCCGGCCAAUGUGUACAGGGCGUUCUUGGUGUUGAUUUUAAUGAUUCAACACAACCAUUUACAUUUGAAAUAACAUCAAGUGCUGGAAGUGCAAAGGUUUCAUUAAAAUCGUCCGUUGGUGAAAUGAUUCGAUCGGUUCGUGUCAGCGAAUCGGUUUUCAAAGAAGAACAAUCACGUUUGUGUGGAAUGAAUGAGCAUAUAUGCAAAAUAAACACAAAAUCCACGGCGAUUGCAAUUCAACAAAAUAUAUUCGAAACGGCAAAUUUGGCACUCAUUGCAAAUAAAACCAAUUCGGACGGAGAUAUUCUUCAAUUUGCCGGUCAAACAAUGUCAUCGCAAAGCGUGGUAUUGGUGACGGUCAAUCGUGACGCUUCCAAUGGCACAUCAAUUACAGUUAACUGUGAAAAAAUGGUUAUCGGAUCCAUGCUUUUGAAUGAGAUCAAAAAUUCCAUUAAAUGUUAGAUCAUAGAUUAAGAAAGGAUUUAUUUUUUGCUAAACAAAACGAACAAAUCUAUACAAUAAAGUGUGCUUUAGGCAUUCAUUUGCAUAAAGUCAAUUCUAAAGUCAAUGCGCCAGGGAUAAAAUCUCGCUCCUGUUUAAUAUUGGAAUGUCAUUUAUUUAAAAUAAAACAAUACAUCAUAUGAAUAAAA